AGGAUACAAAAUGCAACCCUGUGAUUAUGUUAAAACGUAUAUUUACAUUACACCUACCCUAAACGAUUCCCAUCCUUGUCAAGUUUCGUAAUUAAUUUCCUCCGUUCGAUCCUUGCCCCUGCUUUUACACUAGCAUCGUCUUACUUUGUAGAGUAAUUGUUCGUCUCGUUAGAAUCGUCGAAAAUGGUUGCGAGAGAUAAGAUCGUGCUCGUUUGUGGACUAUUUUUAAUGUGUUUUUGUAAGCAAACAUAUUCGGAAUGUAGAAAAUUAACGGCUUGCUCGUGUGUGUUCGCCGAUGGAGAAGGAUACGACUUGUCACCGCUUGCCAACAGUAACACGAGCACUCUCGCAGGAAAACGUAACAACAGUACCUAUUACUUUCAUCCUUGUACAAAUCAGAAACUGUUGAAUCAGUCGAGCGAUUGUUACAAAGGCAGUGGUGUUUCUUUAUGUGUUGUAAAUGGUAAUGCUAGCUUGGUUUUGGGCAAGGUAGAGGAAACGACCAUCGUAGCAGAUAAUUCUAUAGCACUGCUCAAGCUCAAUCACAACAAUUUUACGACUCUAAUAAAUUUAAAAUGUUGUUCUUCUUGUGGCACAGAGUUAUUGCCAUUAGGAGAGCUAGAUAAUCAAUACAGUUUGACACUGAGAUCUCCUUAUGCUUGUAAAGUAUUGUUGGAAAAUAAGGGCUUAUCUACCGGUUCCUUGUUGCUCAUUUAUUUCUUCGUAUUUUCUGGGAUAUACUUUGUCGGUGGAGCAAUGGCGUUGAAAUUUUUAAGAGGAGCAACAGGUUGGGAGAUGAUUCCCAAUCACAAGUUCUGGAUGGAUCUUCCGUCGCUCAUCACAGAAGGAAUCGUCUUUACGUUUAAUUGUUGCCGUAUCGAUAGUUACGAAAGAAUAUAAAAGAUUCUUAGGAUCUCAGAUCGUUCUAUAAGAUCUGGCUAAUUAACCAAUGAUCGUCCAUCGAUAACAGUGAAUGCAAUUUUUCUUGAACAUAUCUCAUUGUUUAUAACGUGGACGAAUAUGUGUACGUGUGUAUGUGUAUGUUUAUCAUAUUGAAACUCGUUGCUGGAAGUUUAUAAAUGAAACGAGUGCGACUUUGUGAUUCUCUAUUUUAUUAAUGACUACUAACAAUACAAAAAUAUAAAUACCUAUACAUAUACAUACAUAUAUAUUUUGUAUAAAUGAUUUUUUGAAUACAUGUGUACGUAUAGGAGAUUAAUAAAGAUUCAUAAGUUCCCACCUC